AUGGCGCCACAGCUGGGCGUUCAGCCAUCGCUUGACACCAUUCGAGAGGUAUUGGCUGCAGCAGUCAAGUCGCCCAACCCACCAAACCUCGUACCCGUAUUCUCCUCGAUUCCCGCCGAGUUCUUGACCGCCUCCAGCAUAUACCUGAAGAUAUCCGCAAAAUCAGAGUCAAAACUCUCGUUCCUUUUCGAGAGCGCUGCAACAACCGAGACCAUAGGCCGGUACAGCUUCAUUGGCGCAGACCCUCGCAAAGUCAUCAAGACCGGUCCCGGCCAUGGCGAAGAGACCGACCCACUACCCCUCCUCGAGAAGGAGCUUGCGAAGAGCCGCGUCGCGACCGUACCCUCAAUACAACUACCGCCCAUGACCGGCGGUGCUGUCGGAUAUGUUGGCUAUGACUGCGUCAAAUAUUUCGAGCCCAAGACAAGGAGGAAUGAUAUGAAGGACGUGUUGGGCGUACCGGAGAGCUUCUUCAUGCUCUACGAUACACUGGUGGCUCUGGACCAUUUCGCACAGGUUGUAAAGGUCAUAACAUACGUCAAGGUACCAGACAGCAUGGACGACUUGGAACAAGCGUACGAGGAAGCGAAGAGUACGCUGAAGAAAUACGUGACAGUACUCAAGGGCAAGGACAUUCCGCUACCAGAACAAGGGCCUAUUCAGCUCGGUAACCAAUACACGUCCAACAUUGGACAGGACGGGUAUGAGAACCAUGUCAAGGAACUGAAGAAGCACAUCAGCGUUGGCGACAUCAUCCAGGCGGUACCAUCUCAACGGUUUGCAAGACCGACAUCAUUGCAUCCUUUCAACGUAUACCGGAACCUGCGAAACGUCAACCCCUCGCCGUACCUAUUCUAUGUCGAUUGUGACGAUUUCCAAAUAGUGGGGGCAAGUCCCGAGCUGCUGGUAAAAGAGGAGCAGGGUCGCAUCAUCACUCAUCCCAUUGCUGGCACCGUCAAGCGGGGCAAGACACUGCAAGAAGACGCAGCGCUCGCGGAAGAAUUGUCCAACUCUCUCAAGGAUCGGGCCGAACAUGUCAUGUUGGUCGACUUGGCUCGCAAUGACGUCAAUCGCGUGUGCGACCCACUUUCGACACGAGUUGACAAGCUAAUGGUAGUCCAAAAGUUUUCACACGUGCAGCACCUGGUCUCGGAGGUCUCAGGGGUGUUGCGACCUGGCAAGACGCGAUUCGACGCGUUCCGCUCAAUCUUCCCCGCCGGAACGGUGAGCGGUGCGCCCAAGGUGCGCGCCAUGGAGCUCAUUGCCGAGCUUGAGCGGGAAAAGCGCGGUGUGUAUGCUGGCGCGGUAGGAUACUUUGGCUACGGCUCUAUUGAUGGCGACAAGGAGAUUGAAGGUGCCAUGGACACAUGCAUUGCGCUAAGAACCAUGCUUGUCAAAGACGGCAUCGCGUAUCUCCAAGCAGGGGGCGGCAUAGUUUUUGAUUCGGACCCUUACGACGAGUGGAUGGAGACGAUCAAUAAGUUAGGCGCGAACACGCACUGCAUCACUUCAGCUGAAGAGAAGCAUCUGGCCGAGCAGCAGGACAGCGCAGACGAUGGCGAAAAGGACGCGUCGACGCUCGAGGGCGAUGCAAAGACGCGCAUUUCUCUUGCGGCUUGA